AUACGCGGCGCCGGCGGGUGCGUCGAGCUCGCCGCGGACCCAAGAUGGCGGCGUGUGGACGUGUACGGAGGAUGUUCCGCUUGUCGGCGGUGCUGCAGCUGCUGCUGCUCGCCGCGGCCGCGGCCCAGAAACUCCAGGGCCAGGGCGGCCACAGCCAGGGCCAGGGCCCAGGGCCCAACUUUGCGUCCUUGGUAGGGCAGGGUGGAGGCGGCGGCCCGGCGGGCCAGCAGCUGCCCCAGCUGCCUCAGUCAUCGCAGCUCCUCCAGCAGCAGCAGCAGCAGCAGCAGCAGCCGCCGCCUCAGCCGCCGCAGCCGCCUUUCCCGGCGGGUGGGCCUCCGGCCCGGCGGGGCGGAGCGGGGCCAGGCGGGACUGGCGGGGGCUGGAAGCUGGCGGAGGAAGAGUCCUGCAGGGAGGACGUGACCCGUGUGUGUCCCAAGCACACCUGGAGCAACAACCUGGCCGUGCUCGAGUGCCUGCAGGACGUGAGGGAGCCUGAAAAUGAAAUUUCUUCAGACUGCAAUCAUUUGUUGUGGAAUUAUAAGCUGAACCUAACUACAGAUCCCAAAUUUGAAUCUGUGGCGAGAGAGGUUUGCAAAUCUACCAUAACAGAGAUUAAAGAAUGUGCUGAUGAACCAGUUGGAAAAGGUUACAUGGUUUCUUGCUUGGUGGAUCACCGAGGCAACAUCACUGAGUAUCAGUGUCACCAAUACAUUACCAAGAUGACGGCCAUCAUUUUCAGUGAUUACCGUUUAAUCUGUGGCUUCAUGGAUGACUGCAAAAAUGACAUCAACAUUCUGAAAUGUGGCAGUAUUCGGCUCGGAGAAAAGGAUGCACAUUCACAAGGUGAGGUGGUAUCAUGCUUGGAGAAAGGCCUGGUGAAGGAAGCAGAAGAAAGAGAGCCCAAGGUUCAAGUUUCUGAACCCUGCAAGAAAGCCAUUCUCCGCGUGGCUGAGCUCUCCUCAGAUGACUUUCAUUUGGACAGGCAUUUAUAUUUUGCUUGCCGGGAUGAUCGGGAGCGUUUUUGUGAAAAUACACAAGCUGGUGAAGGCAGAGUGUAUAAGUGCCUCUUUAACCAUAAAUUUGAAGAAUCCAUGAGUGAAAAGUGUCGAGAAGCAUUAACAACCCGCCAAAAGCUGAUUGCCCAGGAUUAUAAAGUCAGUUAUUCAUUGGCCAAAUCCUGUAAGAGUGACUUGAAGAAAUACCGGUGCAAUGUGGAAAAUCUUCCUCGGUCCCGGGAAGCCAGGCUCUCCUACCUUCUAAUGUGCCUGGAGUCAGCUGUGCACAGAGGGCGACAAGUGAGCAGCGAGUGCCAGGGGGAGAUGUUAGAUUACCGACGCAUGUUGAUGGAAGACUUCUCUUUGAGCCCUGAGAUUAUCCUAAGCUGUCGAGGGGAGAUUGAACACCAUUGUUCUGGAUUACAUCGAAAAGGGCGAACCCUGCACUGUCUCAUGAAAGUAGUUCGGGGGGAGAAGGGGAACCUUGGAAUGAACUGCCAGCAGGCGCUUCAAACACUGAUUCAGGAGACUGACCCUGGUGCAGAUUACCGCAUUGAUCGAGCCUUGAAUGAAGCUUGUGAAUCUGUAAUACAGACAGCCUGCAAACAUAUAAGAUCUGGAGACCCAAUGAUCCUCUCGUGCCUUAUGGAACAUUUGUAUACAGAGAAAAUGGUAGAAGAUUGUGAACAUCGUCUCUUAGAGCUACAGUAUUUCAUCUCCCGAGAUUGGAAGCUGGACCCUGUCUUAUACCGCAAGUGCCAGGGAGAUGCCUCUCGUCUUUGCCAUACCCACGGUUGGAAUGAGACCAGUGAACUUAUGCCUCCUGGAGCUGUGUUCUCUUGUUUAUACAGACACGCCUACCGCACUGAGGAACAGGGAAGGAGGCUCUCGCGGGAGUGCCGAGCUGAAGUCCAGAGGAUCCUGCACCAGCGCGCCAUGGAUGUGAAGCUGGAUCCUGCCCUGCAGGAUAAGUGCCUGAUCGAUCUGGGCAAAUGGUGCAGUGAGAAAACAGAGACCGGGCAGGAGCUUGAAUGCCUCCAGGACCAUCUGGAUGAUUUGGUUGUGGAGUGCAGAGAUAUAGUUGGCAACCUAACCGAGUUAGAAUCAGAGGAUAUUCAAAUAGAAGCCUUGCUGAUGAGAGCCUGUGAGCCCAUCAUUCAGAACUUUUGCCACGAUGUGGCAGAUAACCAGAUAGACUCUGGGGACCUGAUGGAGUGUCUGAUACAGAACAAACACCAGAAGGACAUGAAUGAGAAGUGUGCCAUUGGAGUCACCCACUUCCAGCUGGUGCAGAUGAAGGAUUUUCGGUUCUCUUACAAGUUUAAAAUGGCCUGCAAGGAGGAUGUGUUGAAACUUUGCCCCAACAUAAAAAAGAAGGUGGACGUGGUGAUCUGCCUGAGCACCACCGUGCGCAACGACACUCUGCAGGAAGUGAAGGAGCACAGGGUGUCCCUGAAGUGCCGCAAGCAGCUCCGUGUGGAGGAGCUGGAGAUGACAGAGGACAUCCGUCUGGAACCAGAUCUAUACGAAGCCUGCAAGAGUGACAUCAAGAACUACUGUUCCGCUGUGCAAUAUGGCAAUGCUCAGAUUAUUGAAUGUCUGAAAGAAAACAAGAAGCAGCUAAGUACCCGUUGCCACCAGAAAGUAUUUAAGCUACAGGAGACAGAGAUGAUGGACCCAGAACUAGACUACACGCUCAUGAGAGUCUGCAAGCAGAUGAUAAAGAGGUUCUGUGCAGAAGCAGAUUCUAAAACCAUGUUGCAGUGCUUGAAGCAAAAUAAAAACAGUGAAUUGAUGGAUCCCAAAUGCAAACAGAUGAUAACCAAGCGCCAAAUCACCCAGAACACAGAUUACCGCUUGAACCCUGUGCUAAGGAAAGCUUGCAAAGCUGACAUUCCUAAGUUCUGUCAUGGUAUCCUGACUAAGGCCAAGGACGAUUCGGAGCUAGAAGGCCAAGUCAUCUCUUGCCUCAAGCUGAGAUAUGCUGACCAGCGCCUGUCUUCUGACUGUGAGGACCAGAUCCGGAUUAUCAUCCAGGAGUCUGCUCUGGAUUACCGGCUAGAUCCUCAGCUCCAGCUGCACUGCUCAGAUGAGAUCUCCAGUCUAUGUGCUGAAGAAGCAGCAGCCCAAGAACAGACAGGUCAAGUAGAGGAGUGCCUCAAGGUCAACCUGCUCAAGAUAAAAACAGAAACAUGUAAAAAGGAAGUGUUGAACAUGCUGAAGGAAAGCAAAGCAGACAUCUUUGUGGACCCAGUUCUUCAUACAGCUUGUGCCCUGGACAUUAAACACCACUGUGCAGCCAUCACCCCUGGCCGUGGACGUCAAAUGUCCUGUCUCAUGGAAGCACUGGAGGAUAAGCGAGUGAGGUUACAACCCGAGUGUAAAAAACGCCUCAAUGACCGCAUCGAAAUGUGGAGUUACGCAGCAAAGGUGGCCCCAGCAGAUGGCUUCUCUGAUCUCGCCAUGCAAGUAAUGACGUCUCCGUCCAAGAACUACAUUCUCUCUGUGAUCAGUGGGAGCAUCUGUAUAUUGUUCCUGAUUGGCCUGAUGUGCGGACGGAUCACUAAACGAGUGACACGAGAGCUCAAGGACAGGUAGAGCCACCUUGAUCACCAAAGGAACUACCUAUCCGUGCCCUAUUUGUACAGCCCUCCUGUAUAGUGUACCCACUCGCCUCGCUCUUCUGAGAGGUGACACCAACACCCGUGUUAGAGCAUCAGCAGGUGUCCGCUGCAUUGUCCCAUCCAGACUUCGCCCAUGUUCAUGGUGUCUCCUCUCCUCACCACUCGUGCAGCAUCAGCAGCUGGCCGCUUGGGUUAUUGCCUUUGUUGGCAAACUUGGGUUUACCUGCCUGUAGACAAGUCUCUCAUACCAACAGAACUACCAGUACUUCCAGAACCAACUCACCUGACCUGCAACUCAAAUGCUUUUUAAAAAAAAAAAAACACCAAAAAAAAAAGCAAAGUAAUUUUUAAAGAAAAAAAUGUAUAUAGUAACACAUCUCUUCCAGGCUUUAUUUGGUCAAUGGGGUUAUUUCUUCUGUGUGACUGUGUAAAAUGAAGGCAGGACUUAGAGGGGACACACACCACCCAGUACGCUGUAUCUGAGAUGUCACAUUCAUCUCUCAGAAGCACUGUUGGGCCACGUCAGGGCCAUGGUCUUCUAGUAGUGGGAAACCACUAACCCGCCUGCUCUGGGUCCUGUUUUCUUCUGCUGAAACAGUGAUGCCUUCCAGUUCCCACCCUACAUAAGCCAUUGCUGGUCACAGCCCCAAAGCACGGAUAUCUCAGUGAUCUCCUCACGGCAUUGAAGUAAAGCAGGAGCCUCCCUAGGCCAAGGGCAGAUGGGGAGGGGGGAGGACCCGAAGUUUGUGAAGGUGGGUGCUCUGUUGAUCUGUACUGAGAGGCUGGACGCUGAGUCCCUCAGCUGCGGGAGCCCAGUAACCUUCCUUCUCCAGGACAGUGCAGGACUCCGUGCGUCCGGAUCGACCCUGCUGAGGCAGCAGUUUCUCCAGAAGUGCUGUGCUCCACCAGGAGGCAGUGAUGGCAGUGAGGGUCCUUGAAGACUUGGGUGUGGGGGGCCGCAGAACAGGAAAGAGGAGCAGGGGGUUGAUUCACUUUGCUUUAUUUUUCAGGCUACAAUACAGGUCAGCAACAGUGGCUUAUAAAGAUUUAGCAUGGUCUCAGGGUGCGCCUGGCAGUCCAACCUGACCUUUCUGCACACUCCAGGCAAACCUCCCAGACAUGCUUCUUUGUGCCUCUACGUGGAGAGGGUGUGGAAAUUUAUUACAUUAAAAGAUGGAGGAUUUUCUCUGUUUUUUUUUUCUUUCUGUCUGUUGCAUGUACCCACUCUAUUAGGCAUUGGCUAAAUUUUGUAUUCUGGUGAUUCAGCAACCUUUCCAGAAUCUGAGCUUUAUAGAAGCAAUAUUCCUUGCCACCCCCCUCAUUCCUCCAGCAUGGAGGUGACAGGUUUGGGUUAUAAGAAUAGGAGGAGUCCAGGCAUCACCCGGCUCAACCUGGUACACCUUUGGUUGGGUUUGAAGCAUGAAGUCACGGUGGCUGCACAAUAAAGCAGCUUGUACAGUAGGAGAUAUAUUUAUAUAAUAUAUAUUUUAUUAACCUGUUAGAUGUCCGCAAAGUAUUAUAAAUCACGUGCCUAAAACUGUCCACGUAGACCGAGGCCCACCCACGGUGCCCUUCCUCCUCCUGCCUCUCCUUCCUGCUGUCCGCGUGUGCUGUCCGCAUGCGCCGCGGCACCUGAGCAACGUUUGUCUUCCCUGAGAUGUGCUCCGUACAAGGUGUGUCAGUUUGUGGAUCGGUUGAUCCAAAUUACUCCUUGUCUAACCUGACUGACAUAUAUUUGAAUACUGUGGUUUUCUUCCUUUUCUUUGUUUUUUCUAUUUUGCUGCCCUUCCUAGAGGCAGUGGGUUCCAGAAGCCAGCUGUAUGUCCCCCCUGCCGAGGGUAAUGCUAGUCACCAAGGGAAGCUGCUAAGCUGCUUGGUCCCCUCAGUCCUGCUGUUAGGGUCUUCCUGAUUCUCUGCACCUGUCCUGGGACUCUUCAAUCUCAUAAAACUUGAAACCCUUGGAGUAUGCGCAGCACACCUUAGUACCACCACUCCCAGACCAAACUGAGCUAGUCUGGACCCUCCUUGUCCAGGGGUUCCCCUCUGGGUGGGGGGCUGCUGAGGCUUGAUAGCAAGAACCAGGACUGUCUUCUAAAUGCAGAUUCCCACUGACAUAUCUAUGAGGUUUACAGGAUAGGAUUAAUGUUCACUGUUUGACUAGGGUGGGGGUAUCAUUCGCCAUCUCUGCAGUCUCCCUCCCAACAUGUAAAGCAUCCUUGUAGUUCUCAAGUGUCUCGAUAUUUCUGUUCUCUGUGAACUGAGAAAAUCCCAUUAGUUAUCUGCAGCAGAUUUGGAAGUUUGAUGGAGUUUGGUUCUUGGAACAUUUGUCAUCUUUAGAAAUGGCUGGAAUAGAAAUUAUAGCUCUGCUGGUAUCUUGAGUUGCUUGGUACAAGAAAGUCUUUUACCUUCCUACUUGGAGUAGUUUCCUAUGACUGCCGCUUGAGAGUCCCAGGCAGGUCCUGAGCAAGUUUUUCUAAAUCCAAGGGACCCAGCGCCAUCCAAACUGGAAGCCCAGCUACAUCUGUUCUGUAUCUCAUUUGGCAUAACAAAGCAGGGCCCGGGCAGCCCCGGUUCCCCCUCAUGGGGCAAUCAUGGGUAUAAAUCAACUGGUUGAGAACUAGUCAAGAAGAGGAACCGCUACCCUUCUGUAGGAGAUGAUGAUGGACUCUGGCCUUUCUCUAUUCUCCUGGUGUCUGGCCCACAAACAAUAAUAUAAGUAGCCGUUAGGGGUUUUUGCCAAGGCCAAGGCUCCAGGCACUUGCUGAAAAUGACUGUAGCCAGGUCACUGUCAAUCUGGCCUUGCCAGCUCACGCCAGUGUCUUGGAGACUCUUAUACAUAGCGUUCUUCACAACCCUCCAUAGCCACCAAGAGCCCAGGAUGGAGGCUUUGUGGUACAGAUGAGAAAUCUGGGCAAAAUGUCAAGAACAAGAUUAACUGUUCCCAACGGAGCUUCUCCCACAGAAGGGGGUGUCUGUGAGUGAGACCUUGGUCCAUCCCUGGACUUUGCUGCUGUCCCAAGACAAGUCCCUGACAAGAUGCGCCAACAGAGGCUCAUACCAAAGGCUUGGGUUUGGUGCUGGGAAAGACCUUCCCUACAUUCCCUGGAGACCCUCUGGCUGCCAUUCCUGAUCCCAGUGCUGUGGCUCUGUCAGCUUAGUCUGAGCCAGUGCAUCCUUAGAAGGUUGGGGAAUUCUAGGGCUACUGAUGAACUGGUAUUUAGUAAGCAGGUGUUGGUGUGAGUUCGUUGCAGGCCUUUGGCUGUUACACCCUGUACUUACUCUUCUGAGGGACAGUGAGCAGCUCGGCUGAUGGGGUGCAGAUGCAUCUCAGGGAGGUGAUUGCUUUCCUAGAAGAUGGGACAGAAAGUUACUAUUUCAUUUCUUCCUAUUUCAUGAGAUCAACUAAUAGAAGAAUCCAAUGGUGAGGACGUCUACACAUAUAUUUUAUAUUUUAUCAGAUAGAUUGGAAAGAGAAUUACGUGGCUGACUCCCCUUGACAUUCCUAAGGAAGAUUCACUUUUAUGUAACGUACCAGUAUGAUUUCUGGACAUGUCUCCUAUCCUCCCAGCCUCCAGCCUCGUGAUACUACUUCUGUCCCAAAGAUCCUGCUCUAGUGAGUCAUCCAGGGAAGGGGUAGGUGGCUUCAUGGGGCCUCCUCUCCCAGCUGGCCUCAGGUCCCUCUGAGGAAAGGCCUUCCCUUCCCAUCGCUCCCCCUGCUCAUCACAAAAGAAAACACUCUCCACGUGGAACUGAGUCUGGGUCAGGAGAUAAGGAGAAGGAAGCCAGACUAGGAACCCUCAGAGUCAGCCUACCAGCCUGGCACAUUCAGCCUAAAUGUGGGCCAGAGAACCAAAAGAAGAAUAUGGCUUUUUGGAUUAUGUGUAUUUUGGUAUAUUUACUUGUAUUUCAGUUUCUUGUAAAUUUGAAAAACCUCAGAUCAGAAUGCACCCUUUUAUUUCUCACCAUUUGGGCAGCACCUAAGUAAUUUUAUAAAACACAGCACUCUAGUGUCACGGGUUUCUCUUGGGUCUGCAGGGACAAUUGUCUUCUGACUUGCCUCUGGUUCCCAAGGGCCUGUGGCCAGAUCCAAUGUUCUGGCCUCCCUCCCUUCUUCCCAUUUGCCUUUGGCCAUGCCUUUAACCACACUCGUUGGUCCUCCUCUGUCACCAGGGUGGACCAGGUCACAUGCUAGCUAGGGCAGUUGAGUUUGAAGCCAAAUACCCCUUCCUACCCAGACAUCAGACAACAGAUAAGUCAUUAGCAAACCCAGACUGAUCUUCAGCAUGACGGGCUCCCCCCAGGCCACUGGUGAGAUCAUUGUGGGGACCCAGAGGACUGUCACCCGGAGCACAAAGAUGGGGCUUUCUGCUCAGGCUGGCGAUGACGGGAUCCUAACAGGUGGUCCUCUCCCCUCAUUCCCACGAUCCAUCACAACCCACACAUAGGACGUGGUGCAGCGUGCACUAGAGAAAUAUUCCUGGCCUAGGAGAGAGUUCAGACAGUGCCUCUAUAUUGUGUUUUGCUUUCCCCUCAACAUAGAAUUGACAUCUGGACCCCAGAGCCCAGCAGGGCCCUCUGCAGACAUGCCAGGGUGGUGCAAACUGGUCCUCCAGGUCCAACUGCAGUGCACUGCGUUGGGGGGACCCACAGGAGAGCCAACAACAGGGUGUUCCUGGGCAGCUCCCCCCAGCACAGCGUUCCCAGUUUAGUCCCAGCAGGAAACAGACGGCAGCAAAUGCUGUAUGCGAUCUUAGGCCUUUAACUUUUUUUUUUUUUUUGAAAGAAAGAAAAAAAGAAAAGUACAAUUAACAAGCCUCUUUUGUAAAUGGGUUUCCUUUCUAUGUAUAAAAUCCUGGCAGUUCCUUGUUUUUACAUGUUCAUGCUGUGUAAUUUUGAGAUGUUACUGAGAUAUGUUCUGAACAUAAUGUGCAUUUUUUUCUGUACAGAUGAAAUGGGAGAAUUUAAUAAAGAGUUUGCAGGUU